CGCAUGCGCACCACUCCUCCCCAGUAAAGCAGACAUGGCGACGUCCCUGAUCUGCAGCCGUUUGACAGCUAGCCUGAGGAAUUCGGGGCCCAAAGGCGCCAUUAGCUCCGCUUCUAAGGUUCUAGGAGGUUCUUCGGGCCUAUUUGGAGGCAAUGCACCGCCACCACUGCCGCUGCAACAGCAGCAACGAAGGAGCCUCUCUCUGCACGAGUACAUGAGCAUCGGCCUGCUGAAAGAUGCCGGUAUUUCCGUGCCCGCUGGCAUGGUGGCCAGCUCCUCAGACGAGGCCUACGCCAUCGCCAAGAAAAUAGGUUCCAAGGACCUUGUGGUGAAAGCUCAGGUGCUGGCGGGGGGCCGAGGCAAGGGAACCUUCGAGGGAGGACUGAAGGGCGGCGUAAGAAUUGUAUACUCGCCCGAGGAGGCGCGGGACAUUUCAUCACAGAUGAUCGGUCGCAAGCUGUACACGAAGCAGACUGGCGAGGCGGGUCGCAUCUGUAACCAGGUUUUCAUCUGCGAGCGGCGCUACCCACGCAGGGAGUAUUACUUUGCCAUCACCAUGGAGAGAUCCUUCCAGGGCCCCGUGUUGAUCGGCAGCUCGCAGGGGGGCGUCAACAUCGAAGAUGUGGCGGCGGAAAAUCCAGACGCCAUUGUCAAAGAGCCCAUCGACAUUGUGGAGGGCAUCAAGAUGGAACAGGCGCUUAAGGUGGCACGGAAGAUGGGCUUCCCACAGGCGCUCCAGAAGGAGGCGGCCGAGAACAUGAUCAAGCUCUACAACGUCUUCAUCAAAUACGACGCUUCCAUGUUGGAGAUCAACCCCAUGGUGGAGGACUCAUCAGGCAUUGUGAUGUGCAUGGACGCCAAGAUCAACUUUGACUCCAACGCUGCUUACAGGCAGAAGGCUGUUUUUGACCUUCAGGACUGGACGCAGGAGGACCCCCGAGACCGGCAGGCAGCAAAGGCCGAUCUCAACUACAUUGGCUUGGACGGAACUAUUGGCUGCCUCGUGAAUGGAGCGGGCCUAGCGAUGGCCACCAUGGACAUCAUCAAACUGCACGGUGGGACGCCUGCCAAUUUCCUGGACGUGGGCGGCGGUGCCACUGCCCACCAGGUCACCGAGGCCUUCAAGCUCAUCACGUCCGACAGGAAGGUUCAAGCCAUCCUGGUAAACAUCUUCGGCGGCAUUAUGAGGUGUGAUGUCAUUGCCCAAGGCAUCAUCAUGGCUGUCCGAGACCUUGACCUCAAAAUCCCCAUUGUCGUGCGACUGCAAGGUACACGCGUGGAUGAUGCCAAAGCUCUGAUCGCUGCUAGCCCGCUAAAAAUCUUGGCCUGCGAUGACCUGGACGAAGCAGCCAAAAUGGUGGUGAGACUUUCAGAAAUCGUCUCAUUGGCAAAGGAGGCGCAAGUGGACAUCACCUUCCAACUUCCUAUCUGAUCACUUCCUCAUCUUCCUCACUUCAAGCACUUCCUGUUUAACCUCGUCUGGACACCCCACUCCCAAAAGUAGCCCGCCUCAUUUUUUUCCCCUUUGUGGCCUGAUGGUGGCGAUAAUUCACCUUGGCUGCCCCCCCCCCCUUCUUUUCUUUGAGCUGUCGUGUCAGCUUGCUGUCUUCACACACACUUAAUGCGCACAAGUACACACUGCUUACACAUGAAUAGUAUGCAUUUACACACUCCUCACUACAGGCACUCCUAAGUCAUUUCAAACACAAAAUGCUUACUCUUCACUGUCUGCUUAUUUUUGCUAUUUCCAAUGAUGAUGAAUUUUGACGGAAGCCAUUUUUUGGAACAAACUCCAGCAGCAAAUGAUGCUCAUAAAGCAAACACCGCGGCCCAUAUGGCGACACCAGCCAGCAAAUGUGGCUGAGCGAUAACGCCUUGCUAAGCGACUCAAUUUCCUCCCGGAUAAAAUGGUGAUAAACAACACAGUGCUGGUGAUUUGCGGGCGGGAGAUUGCCCUUCUUCCGCACCCCAAACCCCCACAGUCUAUAGUUUCCAUUACCUGGCGGCCAUUUUGCAACGUGGCGCUUCCCACGGGCCGUAUCGUUUUUGGGGUAAAUCAAAGACAAUAUUUGGUAAAGGAAAUGAAGUACGACAUGAUAUGUGGAAUUACAUUUGGAAAAUGUUUGCCAAAUUUCCUAUUGCAGUGGUAUUACUAACACCAAGGUCUUAAUACGAUUCCACCAUGUCAGGUUAAAAAUGAUGCUAGUAUCACUAUAUAUCACAUAACUUUAUUUAGCCUACGUUGGCAUUUAGCAUUCUAAUAUUUCAUCUUUAAUGUCAUGGCGACUGGCGAAAAAACUCAUGAUAUGAUCUCUCAAUAUUCGGUCAUUGAUGGCGGAAAUAUAUGAUGAUAUAGUAUUUGCCCGGCCUUAGCAUCAUAACAUUUACAACAACAGCAUCUCUAUACGAGAUUUCGAUAUUUGGCUAACACUGGAGAAAGUGACACAAUAGAAUGUCACUGUUUGGCCAACAUUGGCAGCUAUUUGUGCUAUCCCUAAUUUUUUUUUUUCAAUUGAUGAUGAGACUCGGAAUAUGGUAUGUAAAUAUUUGGCCAACCAUUGCAGUUGAUAUCAUGUAAUUCUGACGAGAGUUGCGACUGAGGACAGCAGUAUCACAACACGACAUCUCAAUGUUUGCCCACCAUAAUUAAGUUUCAUAAAACAGCUUUAGGGUAACAGUACCGACGGUAUCAGUUAGCAUCAAGAUAUUUAGGCAAAUUUGAUUGUCAGCGUUGCGAUAUUCGGAAAAAUUUAGUGAUGUAGUGAUUGGCUAAAACACUAUCACGAUAAGUCAUCUGAACAUUUGGCCAGUGAUAGUGACAGUAUCGUGAUAUACUGUAUCACAUCAUGGUAUUCACCCAAAGUUAGCAGGUAGCAUCAUGAUACUUGUUGAAAGUUAGCAAUUAACGACAACAGUGUCACCUUACAGAAAUUACAAUAUUUGGUCUCCAGUGGCAACAGUAAUAGAAUGUCAAUAGUUGGCCAACAUUAGCAGCUAUUAUCGAUAUUUCAGAAAUAAUUUUUCAUUUGGUCACACCGUCACGAUGCAAUGUCAAUGUUUGGCCAACAGUGGCAGGCAGUAUCAUGACAAACUUGGACGGGAGUUGUGAUUUGAGAUAAAGACCAUGUCUUCUACCAGUAUAGCGACAGUAUUGGUUUGUGUGUGACAACAACAUGAACAUGAUAUACCUCAAAAAUGGCGAUACUAUUCCUAUUUUUAAUGGAAGUCCUACGAUGCAAAAUCAGUUGUUGAUGCCUGUGUAGUGAAACAGUGUAAAAUCAAUAUUUGUAUUUGCACUAAAUAAUGGUCCGUUUCAAUAUUGAUACUAAACGCUAAUAUAGCGAUGCGAUAAUAUGACAUUGACGCAGCAUGACCCCAUCAUUCAAACAGCACUACAAGUUAUUCCCGAUUUAGCAAGACGGUCCCAUUUGUCGCUUUUUCCUUCCCCAUUUCCUGUCGUGUGUUGGCCGCUAUCAACACUGAUCUCAUCCCGGUGAAUUAUUCAGCUCUGCUGUAAUGGAACUUUUUUUUUUAUUAUUGGUGAAGAAGCAGCAGGAGCAGCAGCAGCAGUUUCCCCCAGGGCGAGCGAGCGAGUCUAAAUGUGGAGUCGUCGUCACAACGCUAAAUCACCUCGUGGGAGUUCAAAUUAAAAAUGUCCUUUUGAUUCAAAGGCGUUAUUACGCGGGAGGCAAAGAUGUCGCGCGGCAGCUUCCAUUUGUCUUCUGUUACUUUUUCGUACGUUACAAGCCGACACUGGAAUUGUGCUUCCUUGUUUUAUUUAUUUGUAUUCAUGGUGGCGACAUAGCCACAUUCAGACAACUAUAAAAACACAUGACAAUAUCACAAUAGGAUAUUGCCAUAUUUGGUCAAAAGUAGUAAAUGAUACAUAAUUGUAACAUUUUACUUAGCUAUAAGUAUCUUGGGAUUUAAACAGUAGUAAUGAUACGGUGACGAUAUUUGGCCAACAUAAAGAUUGUAUUGUGAUACAAUACAGUUUCUACAAUUGGUCGAGAUGGUGUUAAAUAUCGCAUUGUAAUGUUUGAUCAUAUCUAUCACAUGUCAAUAUUUGCUGGUGAUCUAUAUUGGUGAAUAUUCUUCUAAUAACUUUACAGUACAGUCACAAUAUUCAGCCAAAAUGAUUAUAUUUUACAAUAUUUGAUCACGAAAUGAUGCGAUUAUCACUAGGUUUUACCUACGAUCUUUGAUUUUUACAGCAAUAAGGACCAUAUUACAAUAUCGUUUUUGACCAAGUUACAAUAUCAAGAUACAAUAUAUGGCUAGUGAUCAUGUCAUCAGAUGACGUGGACAAUAUUUACAUGUAUUGUAGUACUUUUGCAAAAUUUGCUGGCGAUAGUAUCACAUUAUUGCAAGAUCUAACUCUGAUAGAAUCAAUAUACUGUAUCACGAUAUUUGGAAAAAAGUGUUAGCACCAUCAAGAUAGCUAUUGUAUAGUGAUAAAAAAUGGUAAUAUUUGACAGCUAUUAUGAUAUUUGAUAAGUGUCAGGAUACAAGCCAAAGUAAGGAUACCAAAUUAUAAUUUUUACUGUAUUAGCGCAAUACAUUAGUGCAGUAUUUGUUCUUUAAUGAUGGUACCGCGACACUUUUUCAAAAUAUUUGGCAAAUAGCAAUAUCAUAUGGAUAUUGCGACGUUUGAAGCAAUAACAUCAUAUAUAUUACUAUUAUUAUAAUAUAGUAAAUCAAGAUGAGAAAGGGAAAAAAAGUUGCGAUUCUUGAUAUAUUUGAUGCUCGUGGUUCAAUACUGUAAUAUAAGGGGCUAAGUAUAUAAUACAAUACUGUACCAAGAAUAAAAAUGAAGCCAUUUUAAAUGAGUGGCCCCGCCCCUAACGUUAUGCCACCAUCAUGCCACAAAGAAUGUGACCCUUCCCUCCCUCCCAAAAGCCCUGCCCCUCCGUUGGUCUUUUUGUUUGCUUGACCCAAGCGACGUGAUGAAAUAUUGUAAAUAAGCCAAGUGACGCUCUGUAAGAUAUUUCUGCUUCUUUACUCCUCAAAGAUGAGAAAAAUAAAGACAGAAACAUGAGGGGUGUUCAUCUGGGAGUUUUUCGAAGGGUUUACGUGCCUUUAUUCAUUUAUUACACAACACAAUAAGGAGACGAGGCAAUUUGGGAGUUUCGAGACACUUCAGACAUUGAAAAUGGAGAGAAAAGCAGUGAUUUCAAAGACAAAGGAAGAGAUGACAGAAAAUUGGAGGGUUGAAUUACCAAAUUCAUUUAGAUCGUGGCAUGAAUCAGUCUCUUCAAUUCAUUUUGUUGACAUCAUCCAAGUGGCAAUUAUGUCCACACCUUCUGCAAUGGACUCAAUGCCAAUAUGUCAAGAAGUACUCAUCACAACCUUUCGGAUUUAGGUGUGAAAUGAUCUUGUGAUAAAUUUUCAAGAAUGAGCAAGCUGAACUUCAAUAAGCUAUUCCUUUAGAUUUUUUUUGUCUUUUUACUUCCUAAACCUACUAUAUAUGUUUUAAAGCAACACUAGGUAACCUUUUAACCUUUAUAAAAUAUUUUCAUAACAUUUGUGAUAUGUUGACUGAAAACUAAAUCACACCUCUUUUAUAUCUUGAGAGGGUCUGUAUCGCUUUCACUGACACUAAAUAACUUUGAGGAGGGUGGCAGGAACCCUGCUACACAAAAACACUACAAACGUGCUGACUGAUUUACGGCAUACGUCACUUCCCCCCAGUGCUUAAAUUGUUAAAUCAUACGGUGCUGGAACGCAAAGUACAUAAGACCGCGUAGGGAUGACGAGAUGGGCACAGUUCCCGGAACAUACGCAGAAAAUGGUGCUGAAAACAACACGCAAAUGCCCACUUCCCAUGUUGUGGAACUUACUUCACUGUACCUGACCAGCUGCUGCCACGGUAGCAGCCUCCUGCCCCGGCUUGGCUGGCCGUGAACCUGGCUAGCUGCUGCAGCGCUAGCCUCCUGCUGCACCCGGUCUGGCCGGUUAGCAUGAUCGCUGCAGCUGCCUUUAUCGCCGGUUGUUGCUUCUCUGACUCGUUUUGAACCAUCUUCUGUCUUUUUGGAAAAAAAAGGCAGUAAAUGCAACUGUCUGUCUGGCAUGUUGAAAUACCAUUUCAUCCUGGCUGCUCGCUCCCCAGAUGCUGCAAAUUUCCCAAGUUUUUUUUUUUUUUUUUUUAAAUUUUAUUUCUUUAUGUCACACGAGAGGUGCCAGAUCUGCCCAGAUAAGUCCCGGAACACAGGGAGGCCAAAAUAAAGAGGUGCGGGAUCCUGUUCUGACAGGAGCCGGCAAAUUAACCCCUGCUUCUGCCUUUCCCUAUUCCCCAUAAAGACGGAAGUCAAUGUGAACACUUUCGCGCGAAUUCUACAAAUAUGCCAGAGCAACAAGAGACAAAAAGGUUUGAUUGAGGAGACUGAUAAAGGGAAGCUACCAAGAUAUAUGGACACUCAAGAAUAAACAUUGGCCCGGCUUUACCUCGCUGGCAUGACCCCCCCACCCCUCGUUCGGGUGGGGGAAUACUGUACAAAAUCAAACGUUUUUGAUUUUCAACAUUAUCAUAUUUUUUUAGCCACAGCAGGAUUAAUUACCUCAUGACUGUUCACCCUUCACACUGCCGCUGGAAACGGAAAUGUCGUUCGAUCCAUCUGCAGGUGACCUGUAGAUCAGGAUUUUACGACACUGCGUGCUGGUUCUCAUGGGAAACGCGGUCUUCCUUAAAGUGCAUGUGACACGAAAAAGCAUGUUUCUUUCAUAAUACACGCGGUAUUUUAUGCUCCUGAAUGAUAUGGACCGCUUGGAUGUGUGUGGAAGCGAUCGCUAUAUUUAUUUAGUUUUUUUAAUCCCGCGCCAUGAAAAUGAGUGACUUCCGGCUUCGGUCUUGCAUUGAGGAGGAGGGCGCUGUGACGUGUACGGGAGAAUGACUCCUCUUCACUAUACAGCCUACUGUUGUGUAUGAGGACUAAGGAUUCAGCUGAUUUUUCGGAUUAAUACGUUUAUUUUUCGCAUCACGCCAGCCAAACGGCUGCAAAAAAAUCUUGCUGUAUGAGGGAGAGGCGUGUGCGCCUUUUUGGAGUUUCAAAAGGUUCCCAUUCACCGUGGAUAUUGGCCCAAACAAGCCCUACUACUGUGGGACCACUGGACUUACGAGGAAGUGAGUAAACAUCUUGUUUUGUAUUAUGUCAAAUACGAAUGCAGCGAUUACAAAAUAAACACUACAAACUUUCUUUAAAUAAAGGACUACUUACGUUUGAUCAUUGAUAGGCAUGUAAAAAGCUCCCCCCAUGCACAUUAGCUGCAUGUUAGCUGCACAACAACUGCAGAUGCCCUCCUUCGGGGAACGAGCUGUAAAUUGCUCUCCGCCGGGCGGUUUGCCGAGCCGCGAAGACAAUCGACAACCCAGUCAUGUCAAAUAAUCCGGGCUAGUUAUGUGGGAUUUUCCGCUUCGAAGACUUUGAAACAUCACUCUGUCCGGGUUAGCAUGUCGGCUAGCUGUCACGCCUCUUGGUUUGUUUACAUUCUCCGAAGCCGGGGAAGUGAAAUGACAUGUCUGAUUUAGGUGUCAUAAAAUAUCGUUUGGGAGGUGCAACAGUAAAGGGGAAGUCGACAGUUUUGACCAUUAUGGAGUAAUUUUGCCAUGUCGUCCUGAAUAAGUGCAUUUUUAUUAUUUCAUAUUCCAUUUAGCACUAGACUGUUAUUUGUCAUGACCAUGCCAUUUAUUUAGCAGUUGGGGAAAUACUUGGAUAAAAAGAAUAUCCUGUAAAAAUAUUGAAGUAAAGAGACAGAAACAAUGACAUUUUGCCGCUCUCUUCGUCGCGUUUUCCUCGUUCUGAAUAAUUCCCCCUCAAUGGGCUGUAUAGUAAAACCGAUGAGCCCAGUCUCCCGCUGACGUCAUCCACCUGUUGGGGACGCUUGAGCCCUAUAAUCAGGGGUGCACAUAAGUGGUCCGCAUGCGCGCAUGCGUACCGGACAUAGACAAACGCGCUGGCCCUCAACGGCUUCAAUACGCUUUUGCGUACCAAUGGCUGAUAACUGUAUUUGCGGCGGACACGAGAAAAUCACUUUCUCUCGGCCCCACUGAGUAAUUAUUUCCGUGAUCCCCCACCCCCGUCAAAAGACAGACAGACGACAGAGACAUCAACGGAGCUACCGAAAAAAAGGACUUUUGCUGAAAAGUGGCUGCAGGAUGUACCAUGGCUAGAAGCAAAUGAUGCUCGCACGGAAAUGUGGUGCAACAUUUGUCGUGAAAAUCCCAAUGUCGCUAAUAAGAGCAGCGCAUUUUAUGUAGGGUCAAAGAAUUUUAGCCAUCCAAACUUUGAAAAGCACGAAAAAAACAGAGCAUGUGGCAAUUAAGCAAACUAUCGAUGUCAGAUAGGACCCCACUCGCCCUAUGGACAAGUGGCGGAAUAAAGUUAUUGUAGAACAGCUCCAUGCGCUGACAAACGUGUUUUUGCUCGCAUUUCACAAAGCUAAACAUGCACGUUCAAUGAGCUCGUAUGAGGAGGACAUCCCAUUUUUACAAAGGCUUGGAGUUAAUGUGAGAGCCGCAUAUGAAUGCCCUUUAUUUUGAAUUGGUGCUUAUAUGUUUAUUUCUUUACAUUUCCCCUCAAAGUAAUGGCAAUUUUGUUGUGCCAGUUGAUGUUAAUCAAGCGUUAAUUGUUUAUAUAAUUAAUUGAAGGUAAUUGGCUCUAAGUAAAGCUUGUCAUAAUUUUAUCGCAUCAGGCGGGUCGGCUCUCAAGCUCAAUGAGGACCAAGUCACAUCUCCAGGUCCUCCUCUGAGAACCUGGGCAAAAAAAUUAUGUGCACCCCUGCCUAUAAUGGUAGGCGUGGCUAACCGGCAGAUUAAAAGACUAAUUUCUCGUCAUCUGCGCUUUGCUAAAUUGUUGUAUAUAGUCGAAUCGUCUCAAAAUAUGAUUCAAAUUCACAUAAUAAUGCUAUUUAAGACUUUUUUUUUUUCCUCCUGUCGUAUGCUCUUUAAAGCCCAGUAACGCUUUUGUCCACCUGCGUCGCUAAAAUCGACCAAAACUGAAAGGUUACCUCGUGUUGCUGUAAGCCACAAAUGAUUAUUUCGAUAGUCAAUUAAUUACAGAUUAUGUUGACUAAUUAGCUGAUAUCAAAAAGACAUUGUUUACUGUUAUAUUACUCCAGGCUUAAGACUGGAAAUGUGCUUUGAAACCAAAAACUAUGUUCAGAAAAUGAAUAUUCUCCAAGUACGUAACUGUAUAGUUGUACAAAGCAAAAGCAGAUAUUUGCAAAUAUAUCAUUUUGAUUAAUUACAAGGACAGUCUUUCAUCUAAGACUUCAAAAAUCAAAAUAUUUACUGUAUUUCCUUAUUUUAGUUCAAAAUUUUGCAGGAAAA